ACUGCCCUUACUGAUGCCCAGAAGCAUGAGUUCUGUACUUAUGCUCAUAAUAAUAAAAUGACUCGUACAAAAUACAUAGAUUGGAUUGAAGAGAAAUGGGGAGUUAGAGUACAUGAAUCAACUAUUACACGAAUCUUACAAACCAAAGAUAAAUAG